AUGGUGCUUCGGAACGAGAGCAAAGAGUCGGUGAAGGGUCUAGUACCCGCGGUGCUGCAGCAGCACGGUGGUAAUGGUGACGGAGCUGAUUCGGACCGCAUUAUGGAUAGCAAUCACCACCUAACUGCUGCCGGUGGUCCCACUGAAACGGGCCAUAAUACAUCAUCCUCAUCGAGUACGGGUGGGGGAGGAGGAUCAACAUCGAACAACGGUACGGUGGCGGAACGAAUGUCACACGAGCAGCCGGUAAUCAAGCGACAGCGGAUAGAGCACGAUCGGGGCACGGACAGCAGCAACACGGAUGCAGUAGUGGCACCAACGGUGACAGGCAUCGUAAGUCCCGAACCCAGAACGAGCACAACGCCCGCGAGUUCAAGUGGGAAUUCUUCCAAUGCUUCAUCCUCUACCUCCCUCUCAUCCUCGCCUUCCUGCUCUUCGACGAAGUUGGUACCUUCUUCGUUGGACCAUUCGUCGGACGAUGAGCAGCAACAGUUGGUUGUCGCCGGAACGAACGUGCCGGCCCACGAGGAGGAACCAACUGGUGCCGCACACUAUCAUGCCGCAUUUCAGGAAGCGAUCGGUCGGCAGUGCUUGUGUACGAUCGAUUCCAGCGUACUUCUCGUAGCGUUUAAGGCACAUCGGCUGGUCGUCGGUGUGAUGACAGACAUUGUUGCUGCCCCGCUAUCCGAGUGGCCAUUCGAACAUCUGCUCAAGUUUCUGUCGAACGUGCAGCUGCUGUUCGAUACGUACUUGAAGCAAAACAUUAAGGGUAACAUCUGCGCUGGCGUGAUGGAGCUCUGCAACUAUCUGAUACGGAGUGACGAUCAUCCGACGAGCAGUCCGGCGUUUGCCGGCUUCCCAGCGCUGGACAUUGAUGAGCUGAUCGGGUUGUGUAGCUGCAACAAUAAGUACGUUAGCUACCUGGCGGGUCGCAUCUUGUCCUCGUUUCUGAUCAUUGUUAAGGACGACCCAAACAAUGACCGAUGGUUGGAGAAGCUUGUGGCGAAUCUGUUCGACUUUGGCCACCUGGAUCUGCACGCGGUACGGAAGAUAAAUGCGAGUCUCGAGGUAAUUAAGCGCAUCGUCGAAUGGAAGGACGAAACGGAGCAUCCGCUCGAGGAGGAAGCAGCUGCUGCAGCUGCUGCCGGAGGCGGCGGUGGAUCAUCCGGGUCGGGAAACGCUGCACCACCACUGGCGGAAAAUUACUUCGCAACCCAUUACGCAUCCCAUCAGUACGCGAACGAUGGUGGCGGUGGUGGUGAUGCGUCGAGAAACAUUUUUCAUCCAGCCAGGACGGAAAUGUCCACCGAAACAACAGGGUCCUCCUCUUCCGCGUCAUCGGGUGGAUCGUCCUCGGUAGCAAAGGCAACAUCGGAACCACCAACACCACCACCACCUGUAGCAUCUAGUCAAGAUACGCUGCUCAGUGCUAAUCACCACCAUCUCCACCACCAUCUUCACCAUCACCACAGUCACCACCAUCUCAGUGCGAUCGCCUGUCGCUACAUCACACUCACCGAUUCGGAAAGUUUCGACACAACGGGCAUCAAGUUCGGAACGAUCAGCAAGCUCAGUGGGAAAUGGUCCGCGCUGGUCAAGCACAUCAGCUCGCUUAUCCGCGCGCAGGCCAACAGUUCCAAUCCGGCCGUCAUGGUAGCGACCGAAACCUGCAUCCUAACGUUUCUAAGGCUAUGGGAAAGUAUUAUCAGUGUGAAGGCGAAUCUGUCCGUGUUGGAGACGCAACCGUUCCACUCGCAGUUGGACAACUUUCAGCUGCUACUGCUCGUCACGAAGAAUGCGGUCAUUUAUCGGCAAAUGUUGACACUGUUUAACGAGGCGCUCUGUUACGGUAGUACGCUAGCGCUGCAGGAUUUUAUCCCCGAGGAGGUUGGUAGCUUGGCGCACAACAUUGUCCGCUCGGUGAAGGAUUAUCGGAUAUUGGACAAAAUGCCUAAAUCGUCGUACAGCAAUCAUCUGGGAUUUCUUGGCUAUCAGGGUGAGAUGGUACGGUACCAGAAUCGACGGCUUUCGCGGCUUUCCGACCUGACGGGUGGAUCUGCGGAGCAGCAGGUAGUAGCAGCAGCAGCACCCGUCGAAACGUGUUACGAUCGUACCUUGCUGCAGAAGAUGGCACUGCUCGUGCUGAAGGCGGUCGCUGUCAUUGUGAAGGAGAUCCGGUGCGAUUCCAGUGACUCGAGCGUCGAUAGUAGCGAUUUCGACAUGCAGGAGAUACAGAUGAUUGAGCGCAGCAUACGGGACGUGGUGAAGAAGCUGGAAACGUUCUUGAAGGCGCAGCUCGAGUUUCACCCGGAGAGUCACUUUAGCAAGGUGUUGAUCCAUCUGUUUGACGAUCAGGACGAUUAUCUGGUGGAGGCGAUGGUCUGCACGCUGGACGUGACAUCGGGCAUCUCCUUCCGGAACAAUGCGUUUCCGGAGCUGAUCGCGAUGCUGAACCCGGUGUACACGUUCAUCGAGUUUUCCAACCUGGGACCGAACAUUACGCACCUGUUUCUCGAUCUGCUCAUCAGUCCGGAGACGUGCUUUUUGCUGUUUUUGCUUCGAUUUCUUAAGUACAUACGGCAGAAUUGGGCAAUGUUUACGCAGAGUUGUUAUAAUUACUAUCGCCAUAAUAGCUAUAGCAAUGCGGCCACGUUGCUACAGCAUCGGUCCAGCAGUGUGACAUUGGCGGGUGGCGCAUCCGGUCAUACAGGUGGAGCGGGGGGUGAUCAUUCCGGAGUGGCGACCGGUGUCGGUGGGACGAGCAACGCGAACGUUAUCCUGGACAGUGUGAUGACGGUGUUGAUUAGUUUACGCUUGCAGAUAAGUCGGCUCGUUGCGGAUACGCUCUUUCCGUACAAUAUUACACCGAUCUUGAGGUUGAUAGAGAAUUGCGAAAGUCUUUACGAGGGUAACGAGUUGAGUUGA